AGGCGCAGCUUGAGGCGAGAAGUCCACUGAUAGGAUUUGUACGCUCACGCGCCUCCCUGGCUGUUACUAUGGAAACGUGGAAAGCCGAUCUAAGGAUUACAGUCAUAGCUUUAGCUUGCUAGUUAUUAUUAUUGUUGUGAUUUUAUUAUUGUCUGCUCGAAAUUCAUACAUCACAGAUAGCUUACGCUUAAAAAUAACAGCCAGCAUGUCGUCAGUUCCAGUGGAGAUGAAAGACAGUGCAUUGUCCAGUUCCAAAUGGCUUGAUGCACAUUAUGAUCCAGUGGCUAAUUUAUAUACAUUUUCUUCAUGCAUCACUCUCGCAGAUUUGCAUGGAGAUGGUGAGAACAAGCUGGUGGUGGGUGAUCUGGGUACAGGAGCAAGCAACAUGAAGCUGAAGGUGUACCGAGGCACUGGGCUGCUCAGUGAGAACACCUUACUGGACUUGCCCACUGGUCUGGUGUCUUUCCUCAUGGACCAACAUGAACCUCGCACCCCUGCCAUUGCUGUGGCUUCAGGCCCCUUCAUCUAUAUCUAUAAGAACCUACGGCCCUAUUUCAAGUUCACUUUGCCCACUCUGGAGGUCAACCUCCUGGAGCAGGAUGUAUGGAAUCAGGCUAGAGGGGAUAUGAUUGACCCACUGACAUUAAAAGAAAUGUUAGAGGGUAUAAGAGAUAAGGCUGACAUCCCACUCUCAGUCAGAUCGUUACGAUUCCUCACGCUUGAACCACAGGAAAUGGAGUCUUAUGUUAACCUUCACAAAGAGCAGCCUAUACGCAGACAGACGGUAAUUACAUGCAUAGCGACACUGAAGAAGAACAUGGCGGAUGACGAUGCAGUCAGCUGUCUGGUUAUUGGCACAGAAAGUCAAGAUGUUUAUAUCUUGGACCCAGAAGCCUUUACCAUUCUCUCAAAAAUGUCCCUUCCCAGUGUUCCGACACUAAUGGAUGUGACCGGUCAGUUUGACAUAGAGUUCAGAAUCAUUGUAGCCUGUCGCAAUGGGAACAUCUAUAUACUGCGCAGAGACUCGCAGAAGCCCAAGUACUGCAUAGAGCUGUCCUCUCACCCUGUUGGGCUGGUCAGGAUGGGAAAGAAUGUAGUGGUGGGCUGUGCUCAGGAGACUAUGCAGAGUUUCACUCAGAAGGGGAAGAAGCUUUGGACCACUUAUCUGCCUGCUCCAGUAACCACUAUGGCCCUUCUGGACUUGCCCACACGGGGCUUCCAGGCCAUACUGGUGGCUCUGGCCAACUGUGAGGUCCAUGUGUACCGGGACAAGAACGUAGUCAGCACCUUCAAAACGCCGGAUGUGGUGACCAGCAUUUGUUUUGGCCGUUAUGGUCGUGAGGAUGGCACGCUAAUCAUGACCACCAAAGGAGGUGGUCUGAUUGUUAAAAUCCUGAAGAGGACAGCUGUGUUUGAUGACAGGGACUCCAUCUCUGGUCCCCCAGUAGCCCAGAGCAUCCGACUAAACGUGCCCAAGAAAACAAAGCUUUAUGUUGACCAGACAAUGAGAGAAAGGGAGAAUGCUGUCGCUAUGCACAGAGCUUUUCAAAUGGACCUGAGCAGGCUGCGGCUAGCUGCAGCCAGAGCCUACGUCAAAGCCCUGGAGUCCAGCCUCGCUCCGAUGUCAGCCAGCUUGACAGAACCUCUAAAGAUGAAUGCGGUGGUUCAAGGCUUAGGCCCGUCCUUUAAACUCACUCUGAACAUCCAGAACACUGCAGCGUGUCGCCCUGUAAUGAACCUAGCAAUUAGUUUCCUGUAUGAUGAGAAUUUGUACAGUAUGAGGACAGCCUUUUUUAAGAUCCCCCUGCUGGUUCCAGGACUAAAUUACCCCAUUGACACCUUUGUGGAGUGUCUGAGUGAUAAAGGGAUUUCUGACAUCAUUAAAGUGUUUGUGCUGAAAGAAGGGAAGAGCAGCCCGCUACUCACUGCACACAUUAACAUGCCUGUAAGUGAAGGACUGGCAAUGAACUAGAAGCUAUUGACAAGAUGACCUGUGUGUGCACUAGUGCUGGAUGAGCGUGAUGCUGUGUGUGGGUAAAGGCAGGGCUUAGCCGUUAUGCCGCAGAGACUGAAGAGCCUCUCAGUACAGGGGAUCAGAGACGCUUGUGCUGGACCUAGAAGCUUUAGAUUAAAUCUGAAAGAGGAGUUUUGAUGUGAUUGCUGCAGUCACCAGAGAUUCAAUGUAAAAUGCUGCUUUGAUUGUGUGUGUGUGUGUGUGUGUGUGUGUGUAUCUAAUGGCUUUUUUACAGUAAUACAGUAUCAUAAUUUGUAUUUGUAUUUUUGUAAAUAUACUCACUAACCCCUUUAUUAGGAUCAUCUGCACAUUCAUGUAAUUCAAUCAUGGAUAAAUAGGAAAAAUCUUUUUUCAGUUAUGUUAAACCUGUGUCCACUUUUCUGUUGAACCCAGUUUGGUUUUUCCACUACCCUAUAAAUUCUAAAAUACUGUUUAAUGUGAAUAUUAUUAACUAAAAGGAUUUAAAUUAUAAUCUCGUGCAUGAUGCUGCUGCCACACGAUUGGCCGAGUGGAUAAUUGCAUGUAUGAGCAGGUGAUUCCGAUAAACGAGUUAGGGAGUGUAUGUUAUUUAUUAAGCCUAAUAAUGUCUUGCUGACAUGAUUAAUGGAAUAAAUCGAAAGAGUAAAAUUUA